AUGGACGUCGCAACGUUCGGGGCAACGUGCUCCCCGUGUUCAGCACAGUUUGCUAAGAAUGGAAACGCCCAGGAACAUAAAGAUCGUUAUCCGGAAGCUGCUGAAGCAAUUGUUGACAACACAUAUGUUGACGAUUUUCUUGCGAGCUGUGAUACCAUUGAAGAGGCAACGAAACUGGCUUUGGAAGUGAGUUUGGUCAACCGAUCGGCUGGUUUUGAGAUACCUAGUUGGCAGUCGAAUUCCGAACACCUCCUGAAACGGGUUGGGGUGACUACUGGAGAUGAGAUGAAGAGCUUUGCCAUCGAGAAGACGACAAAAACCGAAAGAGUCCUCGGUAUGAUGUGGGUACCGAGUGAAGAUGUGUUUGUAUUUUCGGCGGAUUUCCGAACAGAUCUACUCCCGUUGCUGUCUGGGGAAACGCGACCAACAAAGCGGCAAGUGUUGCAGGUGGUCAUGAGCCUUUUUGACCCGCUCGGAAUUGUGGCCUGCUACACCAUACACGGGAAAAUUCUCAUCCAGUCCAUCUGGCGUUCGGGAAUUCUGUGGGAUGAUCCUAUCUGCGACGACGACUUUGAUAUGUGGCAGCGCUGGAUCAAACUGACACCGAAGUUGGAAAAUGUAAGAGUGCCACGUUGUUAUUUCCCCAACUACACUACCGGCAGCUACAAUUCACUUCAGCUGCAUGUGUUCGUGGACGCCAGUGAGCUGGCCUACUGUGCUGCGGCCUAUUUUAGAAUCGUUGACGGAGAUACUCCCCGCUGCGCUCUGGUGGCAGCUAAGGCCAAAGUUACACCUUUAAGACCACAAUCCAUACCUCGAAACGAGCUGGGCGCUGCAGUGAUUGGUUCUCGGUUGCUGAAGUCUGUAGAAGAAAGUCACUCACUGCAAAUUACCGAAAAGUUCCUGUGGACCGAUUCUUCGACUGUUAUGGCCUGGCUCCGUGCGGAUCCACGAAAAUAUCGCCAAUUUGUCGGUUUUAGAAUAGCAGAAAUUUUGACGAAUACUUCGGUGGAAGACUGGCAGUGGGUUCCUUCCCGUGACAACAUAGCCGACCAAGGAACCAAAUGGGGUAAUGGUCCCAACUUCGAUCCAGAUGGUUUGUGGUACAAAGGACCCGAAUUCUUGUACCGACCAACAGAAGAAUGGCCGAAACAAAAACCCUGCUUGGAGUCACCCAAAGACGAAUUACGGUCGGUAAACGUUCAUCGUCAGUCUGACGAUGAUUUUGUAGUCAACAUGGAAAGUUUCUCGCGGUGGGAUGGGCUACUCAACCGAGUUGCUUAUAUGUAUCAUUUCGUGCACCGCUUCAAGCGCUUCAAACGGGAACCGGUGGAAUCUAGUGAAUCCUGUGGUGAUCUGAAUCGUGAUGAUUAUGUGUCGGCGGAAGCAGCCAUUUGGCGGGCUGUGCAGCGACAGGUGUUUGCGGAAGAAAUUCAAGCGCUUAGAAGCAGUUCUGAGCUUUCAUCGAAGCAGUGGAAGCGUAUCGGCAAGGGAAGUGUCCUAGCGAAGCUAUCACCGGUGAUCGAUGAGUCCGGUGUUCUCCGGAUGGCGAGCAGAAUCGACCCUCAAGCGGCUUAUUAUUCGUUCGACUUUCGAAAUCCUGUGAUAAUACCAAGAGAUCAUCAUGUCACCACUCUUUUGAUCCUGCGAUUUCACCAAAAGUACGGCCAUGCCAAUACCGAGACUGUACUGAACGAGCUCAAGCAACGUUACUACAUCCCCCGGAUGAGAGCCAGUGUGAAGAAGGCGAUUAAAAGCUGCAUGUGGUGUCGUGUUUAUCUGGCUAGACCACAGGCUCCAAAAAUGGCCCCACUCCCCCAGCCCAGGGUUAAACCCUAUGUACGACCGUUCACCUUCACAGGGCUGGACUACUUCGGACCCCUGCUGGUCAAACGAGGACGUAGCGACGAAAAAAGGUGGGUCGCGCUUUUCACCUGCCUCUCGGUGAGGGCGUUGCACCUAGAAGUGGUGCAUUCUUUAUCGGCAGAAUCCUGCAGGAUGGCAAUUCGGCGGUUUGUCGCUAAGCAUGGUCCUCCUCAAGAGAUAUUCAGCGACAAUGGGACGAACUUCCGCGGGGCAGCCCGAGAGUUGGAAGAAGAAACUAAUGCAAUCAAUAAGGAGUUAGCGAGCUACUUUACCAACAGCCAUACACAAUGGCACUUCAACCCCCCUUCUGCCCCCCAUAUGGGCGGGGUUUGGGAGAGGAAAGUCCGGUCCGUGAAGGAGGCGUUCAAGACUCUCUCGCACCAUCAAAGGCUAGACGAUGAAGGACUGCGAACAUUGCUCUCGGAAGCAGAAUUGAUAGUCAACUCCCAUCCGCUGACGUUCGUGCCGCUGGAGGAUCCCAACGAAGAACAAACCACCAAGGGUACCAAUCGACGAUGUUACACCUCUUCGACCAAACUGGAAGGUUAUUCAACACUUAACAAACCAGUUUUGGAAGCGCUGGGUGCAAGCUUACCUACCUACUAUAGCCUGCAGGACGAAAUGGUUCGCGGAAACGCGGCCGCUGAAGGUCGGCGAUCUAGUGGUCAUCGUAGACGAGUCCGUGCGCAACGGAUGGCUCCGAGGUAA